AUGAAAGAAAUGAAUCUUCGAGCAUUACGACUAAACAAUAUCAAAAAAAAAUAUAACCGCCUUAUAAUAAAGAGAAAUUCUUUGACAAUAGUGAAAUUAAUAUGUAUUAUUGCACCUUUAUAUGGCGAAGUUUUGAUUUUUUAUAUGGCAAUGUGGAAUUGUGCAUGGCCUGUUAAUGAAAAUUGGGAUAUUACACUCGGUACCCCAUAUCAUAUUGCUUUGAUAGCCGAUCCACAGAUAAUUGAUGAGUAUUCAUAUGGACGCCAUGGGAUUCUUCAAUGGUUUUCUGAAUUUUUUCCAGACUUUUACAUGCAAAAAAACUGGAAAAUUUUACGACGACAAUUGAGGCCAGAUGCGAUUUUUAUGUUGGGUGAUUUGAUGGAUGGCGGACGGGAAUGGGAUGAUAACAAGUGGAGUAAAGAAUCUGAUAGGUAUCGACAACUUUUUGCGCAGAAUGAUUUGGUGAACACUCCAAUUUAUUAUUUAGCUGGAAAUCAUGAUAUAGGAUUCGGAAAUAAAAUAGUUCCAAUGGCAUAUACUCGAUUUCGUAAAUUAUAUGGAAAGACGAAUUACAUCGUUUCUCUCGGAAAUCACACCAUUGUUACUGUUGAUACAGUAACUUUGAGUGGAGAUGACGAAGUUUUGAAAACCGAAGCAACAAAUUUGAUCAAAUCUCUAUCAAAAGAAGAAAGUAAACUUCCGAGGAUCUUAAUGACUCACGUACCACUUUAUCGUCCUCCACAAACCGAUUGUGGUCCACUUCGUCAGACUACUCGUUAUAUCACGCAAGGCGCCGGGUAUCAAUAUCAAAAUUUGGUUGAGGAAUCUUUGACGCGGUUUAUUUUGGAGGGAGUGAAACCAAAGUUGGUGUUUAGUGGCGAUGAUCAUGAUUAUUGUGAAGUUCAACAUCCGAUUGAGAAAUAUAAUAACGCUACGGAGGUGACUGUGAAUAGUUUUAGUUUUGCGAUGGGAGUACCUAAGCCAGGCUUUGUACUUCUCACACUCUACAAUCCCAUCGAGUCGAUUCAAUCAAAGGAAGCAACACCAACUUUCUCAUACUCCCAACGAAUCAACACGAUUCAUUUACCUGUAACACAACAAUUUCGAAGGAAAAGACCGGGAAUCUUGCAAAAUUCAAUGUUUUGGAAAGUUUUCUUGAGGCAGCUUGGGUGGGUGGUUGUUUGGGGUUUUGCGACUUUUUUGGUGUGUUGCAUGUGGUGGUCAGUUUAA